AUGUUAAUCAAAGAUUCAAAUGACAUGAUUUUUGGAACCGUCCAAGAGAUCGAUUCAAAUCUGCUGCGUUGUUUUGUGGUCAGUAGUGACAGUUUCUACAUUGUGCGAUUGACUUCAACCGAACCCCUUCAACCGCUGAAAACUCUCGUAAACGCAGGAGAUAAGAAUGGCGAAACUCUUCUUCACAUGAUGGCUAUUCGAAAAGAUAGCCCUCAAACGAUCGCGCUCCUGCUAGAAAAUGGCGCGAAUCCCAUUGCAAUGAAUACUUUCAUGGUAACUCCUUUACACAUUGCAUUGGUAGACAACGAUGAUAACACGAGCAUGUUAUACCUGAAUCACUGCGUUGAACAUGACCUCAAGUCACGAGAUGGUACCUCCGCUCUGGAGGUUCCGAAUGGACAAGGAUGUCGACCGAUUCACUAUGCGGCCAUGCUCGGCAAAUUCGCAGCUGUGCAGUUCCUCCUCAAGCACAAUGUCAACGUUCGUGUUCUGGAUCAAAUCGGAUACCAUCCGGCCUGUUAUGCAGCCGGCCGCGGCUUUCCUAAAAUACUUCGGAUUUUCCUAGAAUACGACCCCACUCUGAUCGAUCUAAUAGGCAGCCGUGGACAGACUCUCUUGCAUAUCUCAACCAAAAGCAAAGAAGAUGAAACGAUCAUGACGCUGCUGGAAUACGACGUAUCCAUUGCAGCAGUAGACUACGAAGGAAAAUCCCCUGUUGAAAUUGCCAUCGGAAACGGGAACGUUCAUUGGUUGAAGGUCGUGCUCUUCUACGCUCGGAUCAACGGAAUCCGUGGAUUACUGGACAAAAUAUCAGACAACAAAAUGCCAAUGCUUCAUUAUGCGGUAUUUUCCAAUAAAAUCGAGCUGCUCACAGCCUUGGUAGAAUACGAGUUGGACGCCGAUUUUCACUCGGAACUGUCGACGUCGAGCUUGGAAGUUCUGCGACGAAUGCUAACUAGAACUAUGCCGGAACUCGGGUACAACGCGCUACAUGUGGCAGUGCAGAUGAACUUCAAGGAAUCGGUCCAGUUUCUCAUGACUUGCCAGGCGUGGUAUAAUCGGCAAAGCAAAGAAAAGAUCAGUAUCGAAAGGGACGCAAUUGACUUAAAAGGAAUGACUCCGCUGGAUUACGCGUUGAACGGGACAGACGAAACCAUGAUCAAUUUGUUGUUGAGCUGCGAAUAA